GUUUGCAUGCGUAUUUGCUCUCCUUCUGUUCUCUCUGACAUAAAUGGUUGACAAAGAUAUUAGCCGAAGACAGCGAAAGCUGGGAGAGAAAUUGCUCAGGAGGAAAUCUGUAAGCAAGACCUGGAGGGAAUAUAAGCAAGCCACCGCUGAGAAAAGAGAAAAGGCUUUGCUCAAAGAGAAUUUGGAAUUAAAGAAACAAAAGGAAGUUCCACUGGCUGAGGAGCAGAACGAGAAAGAAAUUAAAUAUUCGAUCUCAAUAGCUGUCCCCGGCUCAUUUCUCAAUAAUGGACAGAGUGCUGAAUUGAGAACAUAUAUGGCAGGACAGAUCGCACGGGCAGCUACGUUAUUCUGUGUGGAUUAUGUGAUAGUCUAUGAUGAAACGUGCAAGAUGACGCAAGAGAAUGUAGCAGCAUACUGGUCUGGAAAGUGGAGAGGAGAUGUGCCAUUGUCGGAUGCUAAUUUCGAGGCUUGCUUUCACUUAGCUCGGAUAUUGGAAUAUGUCGAAUGCCCACAAUACUUGCGGAAGUAUCUGUUCUCUUUCCAGAAACCGCUGAAAUAUGCAGGUCUAUUGAAUCCACUUGAUGCUCACCAUCAUUUGCGAAGCGAUGACCUCUCUAUCCCAUUCAGAGAGGGAGUGAUCCUUGAUAAACCGAUAAAAGCAGGUCGUGGGAUGCUUUGCGACGUUGGGUUGGAAAAGGAACUUGAACUUGAAGACAAAAUCCAUAUUCCUGCCUCUACACGUGUCACAGUCGAAAUAGCAAAUUUGGGAGAAGAAGGAAAACGCUAUCGAGGAAAACUGUCGAACGCCAGGAAAGUACGGGCGAAAACAGGAAAAUAUUGGGGCUACUCAGUGCAAUUAGCAACAAGUUUGAAAGAAGUUAUAGAUAGACGACGAUUUGAUGUGAUCAUUGGAACAUCUCCUAGAGGCCAACCAGUUAACGAUAUGUAUGUAAGCACGCUAAAUAGUGUUAAUGUUCUGCUUGUUUUUGGCGGUGUUGCCGGGGUCGACGCAGCGUUGGAAGCAGAGGAAGCGCUGACGGAGGCUAGCGCGGAAGAAGCCUUUGAUCGUUUGAUUAAUGCUCUUCCCCACAAAGGUAGUAAUAGUGAACGUGUAGAAGAAAAUGUCUUCAUAACACUCGCUGAGGUAACGAUGCGAUUACAACAGCUUUUCGUUUCUUGA